AUGCAACUCAAGCUCCUCACCUCACUGGCCCAGGGACAGCCCGGUGUGCUACACCACUGCACCGACACCCUCGUCGCCUUCGAAUACACCCGCAGCCAUGUUCCCAAGCCACACACACUCGUAUUUGUCGGGGGGCUAGGCGACAGCCUGGGCUCAGUCGACUAUUUGAGCGAUGUCGUCCGCGCCCUAGACCCAUCCCAAUGGAGUGUAUUCUCGCUGAUCCUCUCCUGCGCCGGCGGCGGGUGGGGCAUGGGGCGACUGGGCAAAGACAUCGACGAGCUAUCACAGUGCGUCUCGUACAUCCGCAAAUACAAAGAGCCACAAUUUGGCGCCGGAAAGGUGGUUAUCAUGGGCCAUUCGACGGGCAGCCAGGACGUGAUGCACUAUAUCAACUGUCCCAACCCACGGCCAGCACACCCUGUCUUCGACCGCAACUGGAAGCCUAUUGUGCGGGUGCCUGUUGACGGGGCGAUUAUGCAAGCGCCUGUUUCUGACCGCGAGGGCAUCUUGUGGGUUGUGAAGUGCGGCACUGCGCGUGAUAGCCCGGCCAAGAUGCGCGCGAUAUACAACAAGGCUGUUGCUGAUGCGCGACGGGCGGUGUAUGAGGAUCAUGAUCUUGUUGAUACGGUUGUGCCGUUGUCUGUGACGUCGCGGAUUGGGUAUCCGCCCUCUGCGCCGGUUAGCAGUCGGCGGUUCUUGAGUCUGGUUAGCCCGGAUAGUCCAGAGGAUCCGUCUGAGGAUGAUUUGUUUAGUUCCGAUUUGAGCGAUGAGCAGUUCCGUGGGACGUUUGGGAUGAUUCGGGAGAGGGGUUUGCUGAAACAGAAAAUGUUGGUGCUGUACUCUGGGAGGGAUCAGUCGGUACCGCCGUGGGUUAAUAAGGAGGCUCUCUUGAAGAGGUGGCAGAUUGCUGCUGAUGGGAGUGGGCGGCAGAUCUGGGAUUCAAGGAGUAUGGUUAUUCCCAAUGCAUCGCAUGCACUGAGUGAUAGCGAUCAAGCGGAGCCGCGGCGGAUUUUGGUGGAGAGGGUGACGGCUUAUUUGAAUGAUAUUGAGCGAGGGUCAUUUCUGCUGGAACAGUGA